GGAGGGUCCGAGCUGUGCUGGGGCCUCCGCGCGGGAGAGAGACGGAUCGCCCCGGCCUCGCCAAGUUGUCAGGCGUCUCUAGCAGCCCGUGGGAGUGGCGCCGCCGACAGGCUUUGCGCUGCAGAUCCAGUGCUACCAGUGUGAAGAGUUCCAGCUGAACAACGACUGCUCCUCCCCGGAGUUCAUCGUGAACUGCACGGUGAACGUCCAGGACAUGUGUCAGAAAGAAGUGAUGGAGCAAAGUGCGGGGAUCAUGUAUCGCAAGUCGUGUGCCUCCUCCGCAGCCUGCCUCAUCGCCUCGGCCGGGUACCAGUCCUUCUGCUCCCCCGGGAAGCUGAACUCGGUGUGCAUCAGCUGCUGUAACACCCCCCUGUGCAACGGGCCGCGGCCCAAGAAGAGGAGCAGCUCGGCCUCCACCCUCCGGCCAGGGCUGUCCGCCACCAUCCUGCUCCUCAAAGUAGGCCUCUUCCUGGCGCGCUGCUGAAUGAGAGCGCGCCCGCCACAUCGUCCUUCUGGCUCCCGCUCCGGUCCAUGGCUCUCCGGGCAUGCUUUGAUUCUGGGUAGGGAGCCCGCGUUCUCUUUCCUUUAGUUCCUUUGCAAAUAACGGAAGAGCUCAGCAUAAAACAUUUUUGUAAGCUCUGAAUAAAUUCAGUCGGACUGAACUCUCAGUGUGUACUUAGAAGAAGGGAGGGGAUGGCAGAGUCCCCGUCUGUAACCAGAGUCAAGGCGGCAGAAUCAGCCUCAGGAGACCUGCAGGGGCAUCUGCCUCCCCGAGGCCCCUGGCUCCCCCUCCUGUUCCCGGCGCGGGAGCAGGUGGUUUGGUCACAGCUGUGCCUGUGCGGGGAAUGCUGCUGUCACCGGCCGGGCUGGUGAGCGCUCCAGGCUUGCUAACCUGACAUUCACACUUCAUGCUCCUGAACACCAUUCUCGGCGGCAGAACUGGCUGGUUUCGUCUCCCACUGGGGCUCUGGCGACUCGGGACUCGAGGGCUGGGCCUCAGCCUCGGGCUGGGCGUCGGCCUGGCUCUGAAACGUGCUUAGGAAAACCUGGCGCGUGG